AUGGAUCAUUUCCAAGCAGUGGAAGGACAAGGAAAUAAUUCUGCUAGUGUUGAUUUUCCUCAAAGCCAAGAGCUAUUUAGCGAUCAGGAACAUAGAGAAGAUGACAUCCCACAUCAAUCAGACAACUCAACCCACAAUGACAACAGUCAUUUGUUUCAGGAUGAGGUUGUUUCUGCACCCACAAGACCUAAACGAGCACAAAGAUGCAAAAAGUUGAAUCCCCCUGCACCUCAGAAUAACGACACUGAUGAGUCUUCAGACUAUGAGCUGCCACCAAGAAAGCUUACCUUACAAGAGAUUUUUGACAAUCACUUUAGAAAGAAAAAAAAGAAAAAGAAAAAAAAUAAGCAAAAGAGAAAAAAGCGACCUCCGAAAGAAAGAAUAAGUAAACCCUUCUACUCUGUUCCUUUGGAACAAAGGAAAAGAAGAUUGCUUCACUGUGGAAUUAGGUUUCCUUUUGCAUCAAAAAAACACUUGUCCUUGAAAUUGUGUUUUCAAUAUGAGCAAUAUAUUUUGGGUGGUUUUCUGGGUUAUGUAAAGGAUCUUAAAUAUGAGAACCAUUUGCAAAAAUCUCUAAAGAAUAUGGAGGCGGAUGAAGAACUAGAGAGUGAAAAGUUUGACACAAGGAAAUUCCAAUACCUGGAUGAUAAAGAACCUCUUUCACCUAUAUCUGACUAUGGAGAAAGCGAUCAGCAUGAAACUGAGUACUGUGAUGCAAAAAUUGUGGAAAACAGCCCCUUCAUUUUGAAAUGCAGAAUUCCCAGCAAAGAAGAAUGGAAAAUACAAGAGUCCCAAGCAGAUGACUAA